CUCCCUGCCCACCAUUUCUGACUCCAUCAUUUCUCUCAGGUUAGAAACAAAGAAGCGAGGCCUCAGUUGCAGCCGAUCUAAUGUCAUCUGGUUGAACAUUUUAUCUACCAAAAUGUCAAAAAGGCCAUCUUAUGCCCCACCACCCACCCCAGCCCCCACAACCCAAAUGCCCAGCACACCAGGGUUUGUGGGAUACAAUCCAUACAGCCAUCUGGCCUACAACAACUACAGGCUGGGAGGGAACCCGGGCACCAACAGCCGGGCCACGGUAGGAGAAUCAACUAUUACGUCAUCCGGCAAACAACAGGAAGUGACCAGAAAUGGCUUUAGAGCAUCGUCAGGUAUUACAAUCCCCAAGCCCCCAAAGCCUCCAGAUAAGCCUCUCAUGCCCUACAUGAGGUACAGCAGGAAGGUCUGGGACCAAGUGAAGGCGUCUAACCCUGACUUGAAGUUAUGGGAAAUUGGAAAAAUCAUUGGAGGGAUGUGGCGAGACCUCACUGAUGAAGAGAAGCAAGAGUACCUAAAUGAAUAUGAAGCAGAAAAGAUAGAAUACAACGAGUCAAUGAAGGCCUACCAUAACUCACCUGCUUACCUCGCCUACAUCAAUGCAAAAAGUCGUGCUGAAGCUGCACUGGAGGAGGAAAGCCGGCAAAGGCAGUCCCGUAUGGAGAAAGGGGAGCCAUAUAUGAGCAUCCAGCCUGCAGAGGACCCAGAUGAUUAUGAUGAUGGAUUUUCUAUGAAACACACUGCUACAGCCCGUUUUCAGAGAAACCACCGCUUAAUUAGUGAGAUCUUGAGUGAAAGUGUGGUCCCUGAUGUCAGAUCAGUGGUCACCACAGCAAGGAUGCAAGUUCUGAAGCGUCAAGUCCAGUCCUUAAUGGUUCACCAGCGGAAACUAGAAGCUGAACUCCUGCAGAUCGAAGAACGCCACCAGGACAAGAAGAGGAAGUUCUUGGAGAGCACAGAGUCCUUUAACAAUGAGCUGAAGAGGCUGUGCAGCCUGAAAGUCGAGGUGGACAUGGAGAAAAUUGCUGCAGAAAUCGCUCAAGCUGAGGAGCAGGCCCGCAAGCGGCAAGAGGAAAGGGAGAAAGAAGCUGCAGAGCAAGCAGAGCGCAGUCAGAACAGCACCAGCACUGAGGAGGAGCAAGCAGCUAGCAAGGCAGAGGAGAAGAAAGAAGAAGGACCUACUCCCAUGGAAGCAGAGGAACCUCCCCCAGAAGAAUCUAUUGAAAGCCAGCAGAACGGUGAAGGAACAUCCACUCCAGAAGACAAGGAGAGCGGGCAAGAAGGAGGUGAAAGCAUGGCGGAGGAAGGAACAAGUGACAGCAACACUGGUUCAGAAAGCAACAGCGCCAUGGUUGAAGAACCCCCAGCUGACCCAGUAGCUUCAGAAGACAGUGAAAAAAAGGAAUAAAUAUACAGCGGCCUCUUUUCAUAUAUCUCACUCUUUCUAAAACGAUUAACAUGGGAAAGAGUGUUCUGUAAAUUGCUAUUGUUUUGUGUUUUGUAUGUUGGCCACCACCAAAAGAAUACUGGGCAUUUUAACUGUUUGCAACUUGUGUGAUGCCAGUGCGUUCAAAUGCUCAGAAGUGAGUAACGGCUUCUAGGUGAUCAGCUGGCACAAAACCAGAUCCCAGCUUGCUCUCCGUUGCAGUGCAGCGCAUCACAUCUGUCUCAAGGAAUAGUUUUGUUUUAUUGUUUUGUUUUCUCCCCUAUGUUCUUUUUCCAGAGAAAUGCAGAAGAAGGCUCUAAACCUUCAGAAAAGCUCACUGUUCUCAGUUAGGAUCCCACAUUACUCUAAACAGUGUAGAAUCUGGUUAUUAUGGUACAAGUUUCCCAAACCUCAGUCACUCUCUUCCACAUUAUUUCAGGGCACAUGUGGAAUUAAUAAUUCCAAACUUCAGCUCCUGCCAAACAUAAUCAAUUUUCUAUCUGUGAAAACCACAAGUUCCUUCCUGCAAAAUUAAGUUGCCAUUCAUUUUUGCUGAUAAAGGAACUUUCCUUUUUUUUUUACUAGAUCCAAAACUGCAGUGCUGGGAUUGAAAAUCAUCUCUGUUGUUUUCUUUCCUCCUUCUCCAAAAAUACUUUUUAAAAAAAAGUUUUUUAGCACAAUUUAAAAAUAUAUAUAUUAGUGGUGUCACUAUACAAUUUACUUCACUAAAGAAUAGUAUGAAAAAGUAGAUGCAGAUAAAAAACACAAUCACAGGACAUUUGACCUUAAACAAAAUUUCAGAGUCUGUAAAAGAAAAGUGGCUGCAAUGUUGGAAAUAGCGCAGUCGGUCAACCCUGAAAGCCAUCAUAGAUAAUAUAACAUUUCAAAUCUCUGCAGUUUGGAAACCCAAAGGCUUUAAGCAAAAUUUUACUAUGUAGAUCCGUUUUUCCUUCCUACAGUAGUAGCAUCUCCCAUGCAAGCACGAAAAACAGCAUGCAGUUUCUCCCAAGGCACUUGACUCACAGCCAGAUUAUGGGAGCUGUACUCCCAACACGUCAGGGGAGUGGGUGUCACCAGGUUGGGGAAGGCUGUUGCAGCCCAUUCCUGACGGAAAAUGUGAUUGCGUCAUGCAGCUUCAUGGUGCCUUGGGGCUGUUUAGAGUAAUGUGGGAUCCUUUUGUUGAGGGCCUUUUCUCCCUGUCGGAUGCCCUUUGAUCCCUUUGUUGUGAAUGGCUUGAUGCAAAGGUGUGGUGGAACACAAUCCGAGGCAGUUCCUUCAAGCUGAUCAAAUUGUUUCACCUCCCACACGGUGCCACACUACAUAAGCACCAUACAAAGUUUGUAUCAAACAGCUCUGAGUUGAAAUGAACUCUACAAAUGUCUUGCACCAUCACAAAGUUAUUUGUUUUCUUUUUAAACACAAGCUGUCUGAGAGUUCUGCUUCAGGCUUGCCCUCUACUGACGAAUCCUCAGAAGAUUUUUUCAAAAUUGCUAGCUUUAACUGAAGACUACAGGUUUUGUGAAUGUCUCAUAAUCCAUUGUUGGCUUAUGGUUUAGUAGUGGGUUCCAUUUUUGUUUGUUUGUUUUUAACUUUCAUUGGCCUAUUUUAAAUAGUUUUUGAUGUAAUAAACUAGAAUGUUUUAAAAA